AUGGAAGAUAAAACCCAUUAUGGACAGCGCAAUUCAAUACCAAGAAUGCUCGCAGCUAUGAUGAUAUCGUACACCAUCGUGUGGACAAAUGAUAUCAGCUAUGAAUACUAUAUGCUUCAUAAUUUCUUGUAUACACCUUAUAAUAAAUGCGCAGUAACAACUUUCAGUGAGGCCAAAGUAAUUCGUGAUUCACAAACGCAAAAGUCGAAAGGAUAUGGAUUUGUUUCUUAUCCAGUGAAAGAAAACGCUGAAAAAGCCAUAACUGCCAUGAAUGGACAUUGGUUAGGUCGACGAGCUAUUCGAACAAAUUGGGCAACACGAAGGCCACCCGAUGAAACCAGAGAGAAGCUCACAUUUGAACAGGUGUUCAAUUCAACCAAACCCGACAACACAUCAGUUUAUGUGGGAAACGUGAAUCCGAACACUACCGAGAAUGACCUCAGAGAACCGUUUUCUGUUCACGGUGAAAUCACCGAGGUACGGUUAUUUAAAGCACAAGGUUACGCUUUCGUUCGAUAUGAGCGUAAAGAAUGUGCAACGAACGCCAUCAUGGAAAUGAAUGGGAAGGAAAUCGGCGGCAAUACGAUACGCUGCUCAUGGGGUCGAAUGCAACAGGUGGGGAUCGAUCACCUUAACGACCACAUCUUUAUAUCUUCUGUGUAUUCCUUAUCAUAUCUAGCAUAUAUAUACAUGCAGAUUUAUACAUAUAUAUAUUUAUAUAUAUGUAUAGCUGACGCGUGUAGAGCAGAGAACAGAGGUGUUCUGCGAUGCACCCAAUCGCUGUCCACUGUAUAG